AUGGCAAUGGAGAUCUCUUCGGAGGAGGAAGCGGCACCGGAUGCCGUCGGCUCUUCCCUCGGUCUUGCAGGAGCUGUCGUUGCCUCUGAGUCCAGCUCUUCCAGCAGACAAGGCACGUUUGGCCUGCAAGCUUCUCUUCGGCGGUUCUUCCAGCCCUCUCACCCAGAAGCUCAGAAGCCAGUGCGGUUCCUUCCCGGCAAGCAGGGCGGUCGGCCCCUCUCUCGCGAGAUGAAGCAGAUCAUCGCUCAAGUAGCUGAAAAGCAAGCUCUCGAACAGAAAGCUCUCGACGAAGCUUUGAUAGCUCGAGAGAGCGAAGUGCAAAGCAAGAAGCGGUACUACGGAGGCCGCCCCAAAGGCAGGAGCUCUGGGAGAAGCGAUCUCCCAGUUGCCGUGCGGGCAGCUCUCGUGCAGGAGAUGGAACUCGCUGUUGCAGGCGACCGCUUCUCUGACGAAACGGAGUUCUUCAGUUACUUCGCCAAGAAGUUCGCUCUGCCGAAGAAGCGAGUCAAGACUCUGUGGCUGCAGCGGAGCUUGGUCAAGAAGACCUCUCAAAAGAACAAACUCUCACGCAAACCCCACCGCUACACUGGUGCCAAGGGCACCAAGAGGUCGCAUCUCAAGCGUGCGUACAGAGGCUUUCGUCUGCCAGGAGCGGGUCGGAAGCACUCUUUCCCCGACUUGGUGGACAAGGCUCGUGAGUGGUUCAACGAGAUGCGCUCUUACGGGAACCAGGUGCUUCGAGUGGACCUCUACAACUACUACAUCCACCUCAUGGAGAUGGACAAGAUACGGGUGCAGGCGGAUCUCUCUGAUCCGAAGCUGCUGCAGCCAAAGCGGACGCCUCUGCAGGUGAGGCUCUCGGAGCUGGACAAGCAGCUGGCCUCUCAGAAGAAGAGCGACAAAGCCAAAGAGUCUCUGAAAGGUCGUCUCGAGAAGUGGUGCUCUGCAAGGAACUUGAGGCCUCACCUCGUCACCAAGCUCACGCCUCUCCAAGAGCAGUCGAGAUGCCACUUGACGUGGCAAUCUUUCGACAGGGCUCUCUGGCUUGCUGCCUGCUCUGACGAGGAGACUCUGGGGAAGCACGUCUCUAAGCCAAAGCAGUUCUUGGAACACAGAGCCUCUCUCGCGAUCCUUUUCGCCGAUCAAAUUCCGCUCUGGAUAAAGGCGGGUGCCGAGAGGUCUCUCUUCGCCGAGUGGGAGCGAAAACCCACCUCUCAGGCGGCUCUCCGGCAGGACUUGGCUGCUCUGCACGACAAGCAACUCUCUGGGCAGGCGGACGUGGACUCUGGUCUGGUUGUGCAGCACCCAGACUCUUCCGGAGAGCCUCUCGCGGACCGCUUCCGCCUCACUUACGAAGCCCGGCAGGUCUUGUUGAACUACAACUCUCCGGGAACGCCGCCGACUGGCCUCUGUUACAAAGGUCUCAUCAUCAUCAGCGGGCCUCAUGCCAGACUCUCGAACAUCUCUCAAGACGGCAAGUGGCUCUGCGAUGAGACCUUUGAGUGGAGAGGGAACCUUGUCUCUCACAAGAAGGGCACCUCUGUUGGCAGGCUCAUGGAGCCAUGGAGAGCUCUGCGAGCCCAGAAGCCGCACCUCUUUGAGCACGUCUCUGUGAUGAUGCAACCGAGCUCUAAUGCCGACAGCAUCAUACUCUCCUGGGUGGCCCAGGAACUCUCAGAGGCGUUUCCAGCUCUGCUGGUGCAGAGGGACUGCCUGGGAGCCUCUUUCACAGAGUCUGUCUCUGGUGCCCACUUCUUGGGGAACACGAUCCAGACUCUGGUCGCUCCGAAGAUGACGGCCUCUCUCCAGUUGACGGACACAGACUUCUCUCGCAGAUUCAAGUCUCUGUGCCGCACCUCUAUGGCGGAGAGGAGGUCUCUGGGCCAGAAGGCUCUGACAGAGAGCGGCAAAUCCUCUGUCUGGGCUGCCUCUGUGGAGGACAUCUGCGAGACCAUCGUCUCUGCCCAGAAAGCCUGUGCCGAGGAUGCCUCUGACUGGGUGCUCUCAGGGCUUCGGCGGAAUGGCAUGCUGGCCUACCGCCCUCUCGACGGCAAGCUCCAGCCGGCGGAGCUCUCCACGCCCUCUUUCAAGGACCUGCCGCAGGGCUCUGCAAGACUGCGAAGCGAAUGGCUGGAACCACGCUUUGGCUGGGUGCAGGAUGGAAUCCCCUCUGAACCAGACUGGUCUCUGAUUCCUGGCACGGCCGCUGCCCAGGAGCUCUUGGACUGGGACGUCGCUCACGGCGACAAGAACUCUGAGGAGGACUACUUCUGUGACAUGGACUCUCUGCCACCAACUCUUCGGUGGAACUGCUUCGAGAGCGGCGUUCUCAAGCUCCCGCCAGCUCUCUUGCAGAAAGCCUGGAAGAGGGAAGCUUCUCUCGCGGUGGAGGAGAAAGCGAGAAUCCUCGCAAAGAAAGCUGAGAGACAGCUCGUCUCUCAAGCCAAGCGGUCUGUCUCUGAGAAGUUCAAAGAGGCGAUGCGGCUCAAGCUGAAGGACAUCUCUCGCCAGCAAGCUCUCGCUCUCCACGUCCCUGAAGCAGGGAAGGCGAAAGCCAAAGCGAAGCCUGCCUCUGGGAAGGCCGGCUCUCUGACGAAGGCUCUGAAGAAGGGACUCAAGAAGAGCUCUCUAAAGACAGCUGCCGCUCUGUUGGCGGGCUCUCAGAAGAAGGUCCAGGAGCUGAUCUCUGCACCAGAGCCUCCGAAGACUCUGCAAGGCCCUCUCUUCGGCAAGCAGGUCCGCAUCGUGGCGGAGCUCUCGCCCUCUCACCUUGUGGGCCAGGAGGGCAAGGUCUCUUCGCACCUCUCUCAGAAGCUGACUCUGCCGAGCUUUGGUCUGGCCUGUGCAACUCUGAACCUCUCGGAGAAGGAUGUGAUGCCUCUCUCCGAGAGCUGGACAAAGUCUCUGGAGUGGCAGCCUCUGCGGCUCUCCAGACUCUUCAAGAAGGAGGUGCUCUUGAACUGUGGUCUCUGGUGCGAAGACGACUCUUUCGUGCCGGAGCCCGUGGAGGUUACUCUUGCCAAGAAGCCGAAGAUGCUCUUGGACCAGCAAAUGAAUGCUGCCUGGGCUCUCGUCCGCCACCACUUCGAGCAGAAAGGACCCUGCUCGUCUGUUUUGUAA